CCCCGCUGGACAGUUCAGGCUGCUCAGUUUUUUGCCUCAAGUUUGGGACUCCUCUCCCGCCCUCACAAACCCAUUCCAGAAAUCGAAACUGCACCGGUUUCCAUGCAGAAGGCGCCCGCGUCCUCUGGAUCUCCCUGCCUCCAACAGGACCCCACCCUGGCCCCCACGCCCACCAUGCCUCCUCCGGAGGACCCCUCUGAAGACCAUGAACACAACCAAAGCCCGGCGGAGCAAACCUUGAAGGAGGAAUUCCAGUUUCUGCGCUGCCUGGGCUGCCAGGCCCAAGCCAAGUGCCCCAAGCUGCUUCCUUGCCUGCACACGCUGUGCUCCGGCUGCCUGGAGGCGCGGGGUUUUCAGUGCCCUAUCUGCCAGGGGCCGGGAGCCGACGCUUCUGUGGAAGCCCUGGAUAACACGUUCUUCGAGAGCCUGCAGCGGCGCCUGGCGGUGUUCCGGCAGAUCGUGGAUGUGCAGGCUACGUGCACCCGCUGCAAAGAGUCGGCUGACUUCUGGUGUUUCGAGUGUGAGCAGCUCAUGUGCAACAAGUGCUUCGAGGCGCACCAGUGGUACCUCAAGCACGAGGCCCGGCCCCUGGCCGAGCUCCGCGACAGCUCAGUUCGCGAAUUCCUCGAUGGUACACGCAAGUCCAACAUCUUUUGCUCCAGUACCAAAAAACAUCGCCCCACUGAGCAGGCCAACAUCUACUGCCGAGGCUGCGCUAAGCCUCUGUGUUGCACAUGUGCAAUCCUGGACCGCAGCCACGGCGAUCUCCAGUGCGACAUUGGCGAGGAGAUCCAGCAGUGGCAUGAGGAGCUCGGCACCAUGACGCAGGCACUGCAGGAGCAGGAAAGGACCUUCAACAAUGCUCACUCGCAGAUGCGCUCAGCCAUAGGCCAGCUGGAGCACGCACGCACAGACGCUGAGGAGCGAAUCCGCUCCCGCGUUCGUCAAGUGAUAGAGCAUGUGCAGGCGCAGGAGCGCGAACUGCUCGAGGCGGUGAAUGCAUGCUACCAGCGCGACUACCAGGAAAUAGCUGGUCAGCUGGGCCACCUGGAAGCUGUGCUGCAGCGCAUCAGCACUGGUGAGGCGCUGGUCAAGAGGAUGAAGCUCUAUGCCUCCGACCAGGAGGUGAUGGACAUGCACUGCUUUCUGCGCAGGGCACUCUGCCGCCUGCGCCAGGAGGAGCCCCAGAACCAGCAAGUCCAGCUACGCACCAGCGGCUUCGAGGAGUUCAAGAUGUGUCUGCAGGACCUCAUCUCCUGCAUCACCCCGAAGACAGACGCAGCUGUAGCCGAGAGAGCCAGACCAGAGGCAGCCAGCACUCCCAAGGACUCUCUUGACCUCAAGCAGCCCAAUGAAGUGCAGAGUGCACAGGCUGAAGCCCUGAAUAUGUCUAAGACCCAGCCUGUGGCCAUGGUACAGUCAGUGCCCGGAGCGCACCCUGUGCCAGUGUAUGCCUUCUCUAUGAAAGCCCCCACCUAUCGAGAGGAAGCCUCUCAGACGGUCAUCUCCAAGAAGAGGAAGUGCUGCUGCCACAGCGAUUGCUCCAGGAAGAUGAUCAAGAUGGAGUCCACAGAGGAGGAUGAGGACAGGUUGACCAAUAGCUCCCCUGAACAGCCCAGACCCAGCACUUCCAAGGCCGUCUCGCCUCCCCAUCUGGAUGGGUCUUCCAACCCUGGGAGCCCCAUCCAAGAAGAAGAAACCCUCCUGCUCACCGGCAAUCAUGUAACCAGCGACACAGGGGAACCAGAAGAGCGAAUUGUGGUGAUCAGCAGCUCAGAAGACUCAGAUACCGAGAAUCUGUCCCCCCACGAGCUGGAUGAUAGCGGCAGUGAGUCCAGUGGCCUCCAGCUGGAGGGCCCCAAUUUCCUCAAGGCAUCGAGUGAGAGUCUCGCUGACCCCCAAGCGGAAGACAGGCCUCUGGUAUUCUUUGACCUCAAGAUCGACAAUGAAACCCAGAAAAUUAGCCAACUGGCAGCCGUGAACCAGGAAAGCAAGUUCCGAGUACUCAUUCAACCCGAGGCCUUCAGUGUCUACUCGAAGGCCGUCUCCCUGGAGGUCGGACUGCAGCACUUCCUCAACUUCCUCACCUCCAUGCGCCGACCCAUCUUGGCCUGCUCUAAGCUGUGGGGGCCUGGACUCCCCAUCUUCUUCAAGGCCCUGAAUGAUAUGAACAAGCAGUGGGAAUUGCAGGUCUCCAUCUCCGGUUUCUUGGCUGUGUUGCCUCUCAUCCAGGAACGCAUCCCAGGUGCCAGCAGCUUCAAACUUAGGAACCUGGCCAAGACCUACCUGGCCAGAAACAUGAGUGAGCGGAGCGCCCUGGCUGCGGUGCUGGCCAUGCGAGACUUGUGCUGCCUCCUGGAGGUCUCUCCAGGGCCGCAGCUGGACCAGCAUGUCUACCCCUUCAGCAACUUGCAGUGCUUUGCUUCCCUGCAACCCUUAGUUCAGGCGAAUGUCCUGCCCCGGCCCGAGGCCCGCCUCUUGGCCCUCCACAAUGUGAGCUUCCUGGAGUUGCUGACCGCAUACCGCAACAACCGACAAGAGGGCUUGAAGAGGUAUGGUCGCUAUCUGAGCCUGCAGACCUUCUCGUCGUCGGCGUCCACCCAGCUUGCUCAGUACCUCCAGGCUCUGAGCACCUACAUGGAAGGACUGUUGGAAGGGUGUGACCCAGCCAUGGCAGAGGGCAGCUCUGCUCCUUUCUCUAGCCAGAGCUUGGCCAAAAAGGCCUCCCAGCAGACCUGAAAGGAAGGGAUGCCUGGCUUAGCAGGUGGCCACAGAGCGAGGAGCAUCCCUGAGCCGGGCCCUACCCUGCACCGCAUCCCCAGGUCUUAGUCUUCUAUACAGAACCUGCUGUUUAGUUCAGGAUAGGUGCCCUUUAUCUGGGACCAAAUGCUCUUUCUCUAAAAUUCCUGCAGCAGUCGCCAAAGGCACCCCAGACCUAGCCCCUCCCUUGGAAACCAGACUCAGGAAGACUUGAGUAAAGAAGGCAUGGCCUCUGGGCUCUCUGGUUGGCCCUCAUAUGGUCCCAGUCACCUCACCUACCACUACCACAGGGGCUUUGCAGCUCUUCCCUGAUGCUCAAUGUCCCAAGUGAUCUCCUGAUAAGUCCCCACAAAUAACACCUUAAGAAAGAAGUUCUCAAAUGUGGGUUGCAACUAUUGGGAGACACCUAUUUCUGAUGGUCUUAGGAACCCCUAACCAUAACUGUAAUUUUGCUACUGAGCUGUGUCUCAGUUUCUAAGAUCAUCGGAAAGGCGUGUUUUCCCAUGGUCGCGACCCACGGCUUGAGAACCCCUGCUCUAAGGCAUUGCUUACCACUAUACCAGCAGCCUAUGGGCACCCAAAGUGCCUUUCAAACCAAACUGCCCUUCAUGAAUUUGGGUUCUCCCAGCUCCCACUGGCCAGAGGCCCAACUGUGUUCACUUUUAUUUAUUUUUAACACUUUCAUUCCAAAGGGGCCUCCUAGCAGCAGAGAGAACGAGAGCUGCUGCCCCAUCCAUCCCUGUCCCUGCUUCUACAGACGAUUGACCCUUCCAGCUUUGUUCUUUGUUCACGGGCCACCUAGCCCCUCCUUGCGUUCAGCCCUUCCAAGGGACACCCAGUGGGGCACUUGCAUCUAGAUCUUGGGAAGGUGAACCUGUGGGCAUUACUCAAGGUCCCCAGAAUCAGGUUCUCUGGAGUAUUCUCUGGGCCUGCAGCAUUAGCAGGUUCUCCAGGUGGCUCUAUAUACUGAGUGUCACUGCUGUCACAGGCCACCUCCCCUCAAAGGGAAGUAGAGGAAGUCCCUGGCUGCGUACAUUGAAUAUGGUUAGGAAAAGGUCAGAGCUCCGCUCCGGUGUUCUGUGAAAUGGGCUGGCUAGCCUGUAUUAUUAUCUCAGAGUCCCUAGCCAGCUCUAUCAUCCUGGGCUCUCAGGCAUGGGCAGCAGCUUGCUGGGGCCACAGAUAAGAAGCAUCCUCAGCCUUGGACCCAACUCUCAUGCCAAGCCUUUGGUCCCCAAACCUUAUGGUCAUCUUGAAGGUCAGCCUUUCUCUAUGGCUAGCUGAACUGCUGCUGGCAUUUUUCCACCUCCUCACCCUGACCCAUUCCCUGCUUCCUGCUCCUAGGGUAUUUCCCAGAUAGCCCAGAGGUCCAGUCUUGACAGUCUCCACCUUCAUGUGGGUGAUGCCUGCAUCCCCACACCUCUGACCCAUCCUAUGGGUGACCCAGUGUUCUAAGGCAUUCUGUAGAAGCUCAUCCACACCAGGUGAGGCUGAACUCUGACAGCCAUCCACUAGAGCACUGGUUUAGGUGGGGCUGAGGAUGGGAGAGGAAGAGAGGCUAAGUCUAUCGCCUGGCUGUAGAGGCCAGGCAGUGCUGGGGCCAUGUCUCACCCUCAACCCUCAACCUAUCCCUGAUCUAAACAGAGCUCACUGAGUCCCAGCCACACCAGGCUGGCUGUCUUCAGUUGCAGCUGAUCAUGGAUUGAUGACAAAGGGAAGAAGGUAUGGCCCUGUCCUAUCUGCCAUUACAGCAGUUAGUAUGUGAAGUUUUUUUUCUUGGUUUUCGGAGGCAGGGUUUCUCAGUGUGGCCCUGGCUUUUCUGGAACUCACUCUGUAGACCAGGCUGGCCUCGAACUCGGAGAUCCACCUGCCCCUGCCCCUGCCCCACAAUUGCUGCGAUUAAAGGUUUGCCUGGCAAAUAUAUGCUUCUCCAAAGCCUAACGUUCCAAUCACAGACUACACCCAGACUUCCUUUCCUGGAUCCAUCGAGCCUGCUCUUCCAUGGGGACAAGAGGCCCUCCCAGGCAUAGGUGAGCAGGUAAUUGCCCAACUUGACUCGGGGAAAUCUUUCUGAGUCUGGCAGAGCUGAGCACGCCCUUGUUCAGAGAUAACGGCGCUAAGGUUAUAAAUCCUCUAUUUCAAGUAGGGAAACCCAGGCGGACUUUCCACGGGGUCAUUCCCAAGGGUGAGAGGCACCAACUUUGAGAACUCCCUUCUAAGGUGAGGUGGGGGCCAGAGACCAGGACCUGUGGACCCUUUGCUUCUGGGACCUCUCCUGUUUUCAAGUUUCUAGAGCGGGCAAUAAAAUCCUAUAAACUGAAA